AUGACAGGCUCUGGCUGCCAGUUCCCGAAACCAAAUCCUAACCAGAAAAAACGACGUGGGAAUACAAGACGACUAAGAAUUGAGGAGCUCUCGAAACUUGAGGCCCUGCGAACCGAACUUUCCGUACUCGCUGAAGAAUUGAAAAGUAAACCACAAGUUACGCAAUCGCCUGGCGCGUCUAUCCCGAGUGAAAGAGAAAACAGCAUAUCAAACCUGUCCAGACAGCCGGAAGACAUACCAGAAACCCAUACGCGAUUUUCUAAUUUCCUCCCCAAAUCCCCCAUUGUUACAAGACUAGAACAAAGGGCGCAAAAACUAAAACAACGCGCCAACGAACAAGAUAUUGAUCGCCUAAAGUACAACCCAUGGGCACAGCUGUUAGCAAGCCCCGUGCGCAUGUGCGCUGCGACUGGAGCCCGGGUACCAGAAAAACUGCUGGGGAGCUGGGGCCUGGUUCAGCACCCAGAGACACAGAAUCUAUGGCUCAUGCCUGUUGACUUGGUUAAAGAGGAACUUCAGAGAGUGAGCCUGAAGAAUGUUUCCGAGGUGGACCCUGGACUACCAUCUCCACCUCCACGAUCCAGCUUUCCUAACUUCUACAUGACGAAUGACGAAGAGCUAUUGGGGGCCUUUGCCGCGGAAAAUGUCUUAUGUUUUUCGAAAGGACAUGCCAGAAUUUUUUUUAGCACGGUUGAGGGAGCGGGUCUUGGCAUGGCUCAAGAAGGCGAAGAGGUUACGGCCCUUGGGGGAAAUCUCUGGGGGUUGGACGGUUUUAGACACGAGGACGGAUAUUAUUGGAGAAGAGGGGCUGGGGGGAAGUUUGCAGAAAUUGGGGGGUUUGGAGCAUGCAGCCUGGGGAGCGGUGUUAAUAUUGAGAAGGACAGGUGA